AGAUAUUUCAUAAGCUGCUCUAACCAUGGGAGAAAUAGAGCAGAGGCCGACGACAGGAUCUCGACUGGGAGCCCCUGAGAAUUCGGGGAUCAGUACCUUGGAACAUGGACAGAAGCCGCCCCCCACACCGUCAGGAAAACUCAUGUCCAUAAAAAUCCAGAUGCUGGAUGACACCCAGGAGGCGUUUGAAGUGCCACAACGAGCCCCGGGGAAAGUGCUGCUGGAUGCAGUUUGCAAUCACCUCAACCUCGUGGAAGGUGACUAUUUUGGCCUCGAGUUUCCUGACCACAAAAAGAUCACAGUGUGGCUGGAUCUCCUGAAGCCUAUCGUGAAGCAGAUUAGAAGGCCAAAGCAUGUGGUUGUUAAAUUUGUGGUGAAAUUCUUUCCACCUGAUCACGCACAACUCCAAGAAGAACUCACACGGUACCUGUUUGCUCUGCAGGUGAAGCAGGACUUGGCUCAAGGCAGACUGACGUGCAAUGACACCAGCGCCGCUCUCCUGAUCUCACACAUCGUGCAAUCCGAAAUUGGAGAUUUUGAUGAAGCUUUGGACAGAGAGCACUUAGCAAAAAAUAAGUACAUACCUCAGCAAGAUGCGUUAGAAGACAAAAUCGUGGAGUUUCACCAUAACCACAUUGGACAGACACCAGCAGAAUCGGAUUUCCAGCUCCUGGAGAUUGCCCGUCGUCUGGAGAUGUAUGGAAUCCGGUUGCACCCGGCCAAGGACAGGGAAGGUACUAAGAUCAACCUGGCCGUUGCCAACACAGGAAUUCUAGUAUUUCAGGGUUUCACUAAGAUCAAUGCCUUCAACUGGGCGAAGGUGCGGAAGCUAAGCUUCAAGAGGAAGCGUUUUCUCAUCAAGCUCCGCCCUGAUGCAAAUAGCUCUUACCAGGAUACCUUGGAAUUCCUGAUGGCCAGUCGUGACUUCUGCAAGUCCUUCUGGAAAAUCUGCGUGGAGCACCAUGCCUUUUUUAGACUCUUCGAAGAGCCCAAGCCCAAGCCAAAGCCUGUUCUCUUUAGCCGCGGGUCAUCCUUCCGGUUCAGUGGUCGGACUCAGAAGCAGGUUCUCGACUAUGUGAAAGAAGGAGGACAUAAGAAAGUGCAGUUUGAAAGGAAGCACAGCAAGAUCCAUUCCAUCAGGAGCCUUGCCUCGCAGCCUACGGAAGCGAACUCAGAAGUGCCAAAACAGUCUCCACAGAGCACCAACCUUAGGUACAGAGAAGGCGCUGAACCGCCAGGCGGCCAGGCCAACCAGCAAGGAAAGGAACAGAAAGUGUCCACCGAGGAGCCUGGGCCGCAGCCAAGCCCUUCUCAGAGGAAGAGCCCCCUGGGUACCAAGAAGGCCGAUGGAGGCGCCGUGGUGACGAUGGAGGAAGAGGAGGUCGUUAAGGAUAGGACCCAGCAGAGUAAACCGCAGCCCCCGCAGCCAAGCACAGGCUCCCUGACUGGUAGCCCUCACCUUUCAGAACUCUCCGUCAACUCGCAGGGCGGGACUGCACAGGCCUAUGUGACCUUGUCGCCCAACCUGAGCCCCGACGCCAAGCAGGCCUCUCCCUUGGUCAGCCCGCUGCUGAAUGACCAGGUGUGCCCCAGGACGGAUGACGAAGAGGAGGGCCGCAGAAAGAGAUUCCCAACUGACAAAGCAUACUUCAUCGCUAAAGAAGUAUCCACCACUGAGAGGACGUAUCUCAAGGACCUAGAAGUCAUCACUUCGUGGUUUCAGAGCUCAGUGAGCAAAGAGGACUCCAUGCCCGAGACACUGAGAAAUCUCAUCUUCCCCAACUUUGAACCUUUGCACAAGUUUCAUACGAGUUUUCUCAAGGAAAUUGAGCAACGACUUGCCCUGUGGGAAGGCCGCUCAAAUGCCCACAUCCGAGGAGAGUACCAAAGAAUCGGCGACGUCAUGCUGAAGAACAUUCAGGGCAUGAAGCAACUGGCGGUUCACCUGUGGAAGCACAACGAGGCGUUGGAGGGGCUGGAGCACGGGAUCAAGGGCUCGCGGCGGCUGGAGAACUUCUGUCGAGACUUCGAGCUGCAGAAAGUGUGCUACCUGCCCCUCAACACCUUCCUCCUGCGGCCGCUGCACCGGCUCAUGCACUACAAGCAGAUCCUGGAGCGGCUCUGCAAGCACCACCCCCCGAACCACGUGGACUUCAGGGACUGCCGAGCUGCUUUGGCAGAGAUUACGGAAAUGGUGGCACAACUUCACGGUACGAUGAUCAAAAUGGAGAAUUUGCAGAAGCUGCAUGAACUCAAGAAGGAUUUGCUUGGCAUCGACAAUCUCGUGAUUCCAGGAAGGGAGUUCAUCCGCCUGGGAAGCCUCAGCAAGCUCUCUGGGAAGGGGCUGCAGCAGCGCAUGUUUUUCCUGUUCAAUGACGUCCUGCUGUACACCAGCCGAGGGCUGACGGCCUCCAAUCAGUUCAAGGUCCACGGGCAGCUGCCCCUCUACGGCAUGACCAUAGAGCAAAGUGAGGAUGAGUGGGGGGUGCCCCACUGCCUUACCCUCCGGGGCCAGCGCCAGUCCAUCAUCGUGGCCGCCAGCUGUCGGUCAGAGAUGGAAAAGUGGGUUGAGGACAUCCAGAUGGCCAUUGACUUGGCCGAGAAAAGCAGCGGCCCAACCCCUGAGUUACUGGCCAGCAGCCCUCCUGACAAUAAGUCGCCUGAUGAAGGCACGCCCGGUGACCAGGAGUCGGAGGACGACCUCAGUGCGUCCCGCACGUCGCUGGAGCGCCAGGCCCCGCACCGUGGGAACACCAUGGUGCACGUGUGCUGGCACCGCAACACCAGCGUGUCCAUGGUGGACUUCAGCAUCGCCGUGGAGAAUCAGUUAUCUGGGAACCUGCUGAGGAAAUUCAAAAACAGCAACGGGUGGCAGAAGCUGUGGGUGGUGUUCACGAACUUCUGCCUCUUCUUCUACAAAUCACACCAGGACAAUCAUCCUCUCGCCAGCCUGCCUCUGCUAGGAUAUUCGCUCACCAUCCCCUCCGAGUCCGAGAACAUCCACAAAGACUACGUGUUCAAGCUGCAUUUCAAGUCCCACGUGUACUACUUCAGGGCGGAAAGUGAAUACACGUUUGAGAGGUGGAUGGAGGUGAUUCGAAGUGCCACCAGCACGGCUCCGCGUGCCCACAUCUUAAGCCCCAAGGAAUCGCACGUGUACUGAUGGCGGGACGUCCAGCCGUGGCUGCUUUCCAGAAGACAUUUCCUCCAUUCUGUAUUAAUGAAAUCUAGUAAAAUUAACACCUGUCUUAAAAGCAAAAACGUGGUUUCAUAGCAACUC